CCGGCUCCGCCCCGCCAUGGCCGUGGCCCACCGCAGGCUGUCCGUGGGGCUGGGGCUGGCCGGGCUGGCCUGCGCGCUCGUGGGGGCCUGCCUGCUGCUCGUGGGGCCGCUCAUCGUCCGGCAGCAGGUCAUCAAGAACGUCAGGAUCGACCCCAGCAGCAUCUCCUUCCAGAUGUGGAAAGACAUCCCUGUCCCUUUCUACUUGUCAGUGCAUUUCUUCGAGGUGCUGAACCCCAAGCAGGUCCUGCGGGGAGAGAAGCCAGUGCUGAGCCAGCGUGGGCCCUACGUGUACAGGGAGUACAGGGUUAAAACAAAUAUCACAUUCCAUGACAACGCCACCGUUUCCUACCUGGAGUACCGACAGCUUUUCUUCCAGCCACACCUGUCCAAUGGCACGGAGGACGAGUACAUUGUGGUGCCAAACAUCAUGCUGAUGGGAGCAGCUGUGAUGGUGGAAAAACUGCCAGACCUGUUGAAGCUUUUGCUGAGUGGAGCCCUGGCCAGCCUGAAGCAGGAGGCGUUCAUGAACCGCACCGUGGGCGAGAUCAUGUGGGGCUACGAAGACCCCCUGAUAGAUGCAAUAAAUAUGAUUGUUCCUGGCCUGCUCCCUUUCAAGGGGAAGUUUGGAUUAUUCAUGGAUUUCAACAACUCCAACUCGGGGCUGUUCACAGUCAACACGGGCAUGAACAACAUCAGCCAGGUUCACAUGGUGGAUUCAUGGAAUGGGCUCAAGAAGGUGGAUUACUGGAGGAGCAGCCAGUGCAACAUGAUCAACGGGACAGCAGGGGAGAUGUGGCCACCCUUCAUGUCCCCAACCUCCCUGCAGUUCUACAGCCCUGAUGCCUGCAGGUCCAUGACGCUGGUGUACGAGGAGUCGGGGCAGUUCCAGGGUGUGCCCACCUUUCGCUUCGUGGCACCCAAAACCCUCUUUGCCAACGGCACAGACUACCCACCCAACGAGGGCUUCUGCCCCUGCAUGCAGUCUGGCAUCCAGAACGUCAGCACCUGCAGGCUCAAUGCGCCGAUGUUCAUCUCCCACCCUCACUUCUACAACGCCGACCCGUCCCUGGUGGAUGCAGUGGAAGGCCUGCACCCCAGCAAGGAGCAGCACGGGCUUUUCCUGGAUGUGCACCCCAUGACGGGCAUCCCCAUGAACUGCUCCAUCAAGCUGCAGCUGAACCUGUACAUAAAGCACGUGUCUGGCAUCAUUCAAACAGGGCAGAUCAAGCCCGUGGUCCUGCCGCUGCUGUGGUUUGCAGAGAGUGGAUCCAUUGAAGGCUCAGUGCUGAAGCAGUUUUACACCAACCUGGUGCUGCUGCCCUCGGUGCUGGAGUACCUGCAGUACAUCCUCCUUGGCCUCAGUGUCCCUCUCCUUGUCUCAGCAGCUCUCCUCAUGGCAAGGAGGAAGGAAAAAUGCUCUUUAUUUUGGAGUAGCAAUAAAAAGAGCUCAGACAGUAAUAAGGCAAACCAGGCCACCUCUGCCACAAAGCUGCCUCCAGUUAAGGGGACGGUGUUGCAGGAAGCCAGACUGUAGGUGGGUACCCAGUCAAGGUAACACGCUUUUCUCUCCUGAUUUGAUUAAACUUCACUCCAAACCAAUCAAAUGGAACCUUUUGCUGUCCACAUCUCCCAGCCAUGCCCUCCUGGCGAGCUUUGAUGGAGCAAUGUUGUCUCAUGGCUUUAUUUGGGGCAAUUUAGAUGCUUUAAUACUGGCGUUUAACCAGGUUGCAAGCACAUGCUCUUAUUGUUUCUCCUGGUGUACCUGAUCUGCAGCCCUAGUAAUGUCAGCAGGGAUCAGGGGAAAGUAGGACUGGUGUGAGGAAAUACUUUUCCUGCCUGUUUUCCCCCAUCUCUGAAUAUUUGAGCUCCAGAGGUAAGUUUAUUUGAAUGGGGUAACAGAGAUCAGUCCACUGGUGGUGUCACCCCUCCCCUGACCAGAGGAGGGAAUUUCUGAUGUAUAAAAUAUCUGGGUUUGUAUUACAGGAAC